AUGGUCUCAGUUGGCAGGGACCAUUUCCAUGACCGCUCAAUUGAUCAAUAUCCACAGGCUGGAGUCAUCCAGGAACAUCCAAAGAAGAUUCGUCUGAACAAAAGACGUGUUGCUAAGAAGCCUGAAGGGCAGGCUCUGGUCAUAGUCUCUCCUGGGUCGCUUCCUGACAUCACAUUAAAGUGAUAAUCGGAACAAUCCAUAAGCAAAUUCUUGUUGUCGCGAUCUCUUUUUGAGUUCCCGACACACAACAGAAGUGCCUCUCUUGAGGUAUACACUCCUGAGAGGGGAUCCCCUCGUGACGUUGCUGGAUAUCUUGAGAUACUGAAGAUAUCGAUAAUCGAGUUGCUGUGGGUCACCAAGCCAGUGCCAACGGUUUGGGAACCUUCCGAGUUUCCGCUGAUGGGGGGAUGACAUCAUAAUUAUCACCACAUCAAACCAAAGCUCAAAAUCCUGGGGUCAACUCGUCUCGACCGCGUGACAAAGGGUAUCUGAUGCCCUUAAACCAGUUUUUUUUUUGUGUUAAGGGAAACCAAGGUGCCCUAUUAUCCCACGUCAUAUCCAAGAUUCUAGUUGGAUAUGCCCCGAGAACCCCUUUGCGUCCCAUGUGGGCGUGGGAUAUGUGCGUAAUCCCUCGUUCGCAAAAGGUAUAAAGUCAUGCACAAUGCUCGAGUUCUAAUGGCUUUAUGCUGCCAUUAAUCAA